UACACACUGACUUCGUGAAACGUGAAAAAGUUCUAAACUGUAUUUAUGUGUGGCGACAUUGUCGCAUAUUUAUUAAUAAGCUGGAGAACGGCGAACGAAAACACGCGUUUACAGCUAAUUUAAGCUUAACCGAUCAAGAAUUUGUUUAUAAUGUUGGAAUCGAUAUUGAAUUGUUUUUAAAAAAGCGUCUGAGCAGUGGUGUGCUGCUCUUUCCACCUGUGAACAAUUAUCGCCGUUAUCUCAUCCAUCAAACAUGUGAGAACUAUCGCCAGCAAUACGAUCUUUUGACGUUUUCCGUCGGUCAAGGCCCUCAUCGACGCACAGUUGUCUGUUUUCGCAAUCAGCUUAUCGAUCCCCACGGAUUUGAGGCCCGCAAACAGCAACAACAACAACAGCAGCAACAGCCAGUGAAAAGUUGGCGUAGUAACGGUAGAAGCAGCAGCGCCAGCAGAAAACGCGUAACGGAGCUGUGUAAAAUGGGCGUCAAGAAGCAUAUCAGCGAAACACCUUUGAGCAAAUCGAAUUCUGUGGAUCUCUACAGACCACCCGCACUUAGAAAUAACAGCACCGAGGAAGCAGCAACAGCUGCAAAGAAUGAAACUCAAGAAGAGUGUGUGGCAAUAAACAGUACAGAAGCAGACGCCGCAGUAACAACAACAACAGCAGCUGCAGAAACAGCAACAUCGACAACUACCUCAAACGCAUGCAAAAGGUCGCCAACCAGAGAGCAACAGGCCAGCGCCGCAGCAGCAGCAGCAACGCGACGUGAACGACGUCCCGACCGCGCUGUUUAUGUGCCAAGGGCACGACGCAGUCAAACAACGCCGCCGACAACAACAACAUCAACAACGAUGCCGAUGCCGACGUCGCAGUCGACGCAAACGCCAGCAGCAACCAUGGCGUCGCAGCUACAGCUCGAGCCACUGGAACUGCCAGUUGUUGAAACAAAUCCCAUGAAGUCGGACGAAGUUAAACCCAAGAAAACAAGAUCGCGUAGGGAGCGUGGCAAGAAAACAACAAUUGGUAAACCCAUUGAGGCAGCUACUCUGCUUGUGAUUGCACCCAGCGAUAAUCAAUCGAACCAAGUAACGACGUCGCCACCGCCACCGCCAGACAACCACUGUGAUAAGGAGAUGAUGGGCGGCGCCCAACGAACCAAGUCAGGCCAUGGCAGCAAAGCCCACUGUAAACAGCAACAACCGCUACGCAUCGAAGAUGCAAACAAUGUGACAACGACUGAGGAUGCCAACAAAUGUGAUAAUGAAGUGCGCGAACUGCAGCGAGCCUCCAAGGAAAUCAAUCGCAGCAAUCGUCGCAUCAUGAAACAAACCUUUGUGUCAGAUGUGCUGGAGAUUCCCGAUAAGAUUGAGGCCAAGGUUAAUGCGGCAACAGGUGUUACAACAUCAGGUGUGAUAACAGCUGCCGACAGCACCACCGAGGAUGAUGAGGAGGAAACUGAAGAUGACUGGGAAAAUAUGUUUGAUGAGAAUGGCGACUGUUUGGAUCCAAAGAUACUGGAGGAGCUUACCGAAUCGGUGGGAAAGUGCAAAAUCGAGUUGCCAAAAAUGGAUUAUAGCGUCUACCAUAUUAAACAAUCAUUACUCAAUGAGGAGGAGUUUCCCCAUGUCCUGGAAAUCUCAAAUUUUCCGGUUGAGUUCAAAACGCCAGACUUGCUUAUGCUUUUCUCCAGAUACAAAGGUACCGGCUUCGACAUCAAGUGGGUGGAUGAUACACAUGCUCUUGCUGUCUUUAGCAGCUCUGACAUUGCUGCUGAGGUUUUGACCAUGGGCCAUCCAUUUGUCAAGUUAAAGCCGCUGGCUGCUGCCACACUUGAAUCCCGUCUCAAGGCCAAGAAAGCAGGUGCCACAUCGCUGCAGCCUUAUCGUCAGCGGCCGGAGACUUGCACGGCGCUGGCGCGUCGUCUGGUUUCCGGCGCUUUGGGUGUCAAGCUGCCCACAGCACCGGAGGAGCGGGAAAACGAGAGACGUGUGCUACGUGAAGCCAAAGAACGCAAACUUUUAGCUGCCAAACAGCGCGACGAGGUCUGGGAGAGCUAGACCCACGUGUUAUGCAAUAUGCAACUUGCAACAUGCAUUUUCGGUGGCAUGCUCACAUUCAUGCCCCUAUUUAACACUCACAAUACUUUCUCAAUCAAAGCUAGUACUAGUAUAGUAACUAAUUGAUAAAUUUGCAUACUAAAAACAAUGUAUUUGAAUUGUUCUCGCUUUCCGUGCAAUUUGCAUACAAAUUUUUGCUCAAUUUGUUGUAGUUUUAAAAUGGCUGCGUAUGCGUUAAGAUGAGAUGAUGUCAACAUAAUAUAUAUACAUAUAUUUAUUUGUCGUAGCACUUAAGCAAAACAUGCAUAAAUCAAUACCUACAUGUUGUUUUAACUCCAAGCGUAAAAUUUUAUUUAUAAGCGCAAGCAAUUUAUAUACAUAUAUUUUAAUAAAGUUUAUAGCGCGUAAGUACAAAGCA